AAUAGAGAAAAGAAUAGUAGUCUCCACUCCCUCCGACUUUCUCGGCGGACCGGAGGAGAGAACGCAGAGCGUAGUUGAUUGACUCAGACGCCGACUCCACCUCGACACGAAUCGGGUUUGAUCGGUUCGAUUCUCCAUUUCAAGAUCCGAGAGAGAGAGAGAGAGAGAGAGAGAGAGAGAGAGAGAGAGAUGGCAAGAGGAUUGGUGAAAAGGCUCGUUUCUCAGACGCUCUCCAUCGCAGGGAAAUGGCAGCAGCAGCAGAUCCGCCGUCUCAAUAUCCAUGAAUAUCAGGGUGCUGAGUUGAUGAGCAAGUACGGGGUUAACGUUCCGAAGGGCGUUGCUGUUUCUUCUGUCGAAGAGGUGAAGAAGGCAAUUCAAGAUUUCUUCCCCAAUGAAAAGGAGUUGGUGGUUAAAAGCCAAAUUCUUGCUGGUGGACGAGGCUUGGGAACUUUUCAAAAUGGAUUUAAGGGUGGAGUGCAUAUUGUCAAAGUCGAUGAGGUUGAAGCCAUAUCUGGGAAGAUGCUGGGGCAGAUACUUGUCACCAAGCAAACUGGACCGCAGGGGAAGGUUGUGAGCAAGGUGUACUUGUGCGAAAAGUUGUCACUGGUGAAUGAAAUGUAUUUUGCUAUUACUCUUGACCGUACAACGGCUGGUCCACUUAUAAUAGCCUGUAGAAAAGGAGGAACCAGCAUCGAAGACCUUGCUGAGAACUUCCCUGACAUGAUUAUUAAGGUGCCUAUUGACGUUUUCGAAGGUAUCACAGAUGAGGAUGCUGCUAAAGUUGUAGAUGGUUUGGCUCCUCAGGUCGCAGACAGAAAUGCUUCAAUGGAACAAGUGAAGAAGCUAUACAAACUUUUCUGUGAAUGUGACUGCACACUGUUGGAGAUAAAUCCAAUUGCAGAGACUUCUGAUAAGCAAUUAGUUGCUGCUGAUGCAAAGUUGAAUUUUGAUGAUAAUGCUGAUUUUCGACAGAAGGAGAUAUUUGCUUUCCGUGAUCCAUCACAAGAGGACCCUAGAGAGGUUGCAGCUGCCAAAGCAGAUUUGAACUAUAUUGGUUUGGAUGGAGAAAUUGGAUGCAUGGUGAAUGGUGCCGGUUUGGCAAUGGCUACGAUGGAUAUAAUUAAAUUGCAUGGUGGAACACCUGCCAAUUUUCUUGAUGUUGGUGGGAAUGCAUCAGAAGGCCAGGUGGUGGAAGCAUUUAAAAUAUUAACAUCUGAUGAUAAGGUGAAAGCUAUCUUAGUUAACAUUUUUGGAGGGAUCAUGAAAUGCGAUAUAAUAGCGAGUGGGAUUGUAAAUGCAGCCAAACAGGUUGCACUGAAAGUACCAGUGGUCGUUCGCCUGGAAGGCACCAACGUUGAUCUAGGGAAAAGGAUUCUCAAGGAGAGUGGUAUGGCAUUGAUCACAGCAGAAGAUCUGGAUGAUGCAGCAGAGAAAGCAGUAAAAGCAACAGUGCACCAGUGAGUUUGGAACUUUAUCAUGCGUUCCAUUUCACCCGUUUCUUCUUCUUCUUCUUUUUCUUUUUCUUUCUUUUUUUUUUUUUUUUUUUUUUAACGUGCAUUUGGGCAAUGGAAGUUGGUCUGAGGAUUUCAAUUGGGGUGUGAGACUGAGUUCACAAAAUAAGCCUGUUCUUUUUAUGAAAUGAAUUCAUUGUUUCUACUAACAAGGUGAGCUCAUUGAGUUGGAGCUCUUUAUUUGGUACCAUUUUUAUCCAAUCUGUAUUGGUUUUUUUUUUU